AUGAAGGCUGUGCCAAUGGUUUUAGUAAUGAGGGACUUUAAUUCGAAUCUGUUGGGGUUGAAAGAUCACGAUGACUUAUGGAGAUUCAAGAGGAGUUUAGGUAAACCAUUUCGUGAAUUCGCGUCUUCAACAGAUGAUCCUUCCAUAUUCGCCGGAUCCAGUAAAGGGUCCACCUCAGAUUUUUCUACGAAUUCACCUAGAAACGGAUGUGGAUCGGGUUCGAGCACGAAUUUACAAACUACAAUGGGUGAAUGUAAACUAUUAAAACCAAUCCCAUUACCUAAAUUCAAUUAUGAUAAAAUCAAAAGAACUCAUUCCAGUCAAUCGGAUAGUAAAGUUUCGACAGAAGAUGUAUUCGAAUCUUUAUUCAUUGAAUCACAAUUGAAAUUUAGAGAAACUAGAAUUGAAUUUAAAUGGGAUAUGACAAGACCUUUAUUGCAAGUUCUCUUUGAUGGUGAUCGGUUAGUCAUGUACAUGCAAAACGGAGUGAACAUUUUAACGUUUUAA